AUGGCUGGUCCUACAGAGGAACAUUCCCCGCCCAAAGAAAAUUCAGUGGUUUUCCCUCCAAUCACCCGAUCGCAUAUCCUGAAUUGCUCGUACCAUGCCUGGUAUUCAUUAUAUCGAGCUGUAUCUCCAAAAGCACGGCUUAUUCCUCUAACUGAAUCGUUCAUCAAUUAUAUCCGCGCAGAUGGGAUAAUUCUCCCUCCAGAUGAGACAAGCCUAGAGGUAUCAGAUGAUGACAGCUGGACCCUUUCCACGUCUAAUGGAGACAGUAACUCAGAAAAAGAUGGCUCUGAUGAUGAGGACGAGCCAUAUGAUCCGUCGAGAGAGUGGCCGGAGGUCCAUGCUGAAGUGAUAGCGAAAAUCAGAGAGCUUGGCGGCCAAGUAUCGCCUAAGCUGAACUGGAGCGCACCCCGGGAUGCAAAAUGGAUACUUCCAACAAAUGAUAUGCAAUGCAGGACAGCCAACGAUGUCUACUUGCUCCUAAAGAGCAGCAACUUCAUGAACCAUGAUCUGGACCAUGCAUUCGAUGACUGUGUGGUUGAGGCAAACCAGGAACAGGAUAACGGCCCUACCACGUCAAGCCAACCGCCUAUUCCGUAUCACCUUGUCCUACGCAAAUAUUUUAAUGUCAACACUUCACUGGAGUUUCGGUGCUUUGUUCGUCAUAGGCAACUAAUAUGUCUUUGCCAGCGGGAUCUGACAUACUACGACUUUCUUUCUGGAAUGCGAAAUGAGUUAUUAAGGGUGAUCCAGUCUUUCUUCGACGAAAAGCUUCGAAAUACAUUCCCUGAUCCAGAUUUUGUAUUCGACGUUUACGUUCCUCCGCCGCACAAUAGGGUCUGGCUAAUUGACAUAAACCCCUUUGCUCCAAAGACGGAUCCUCUUCUAUUUUCGUGGCAGCAGAUACUUAAGAUUGGCCAAGAGGUAGAACGAAACAUCAAUGAUCAGAUCAAUGGAGUUGAUGAACAGGUCGUCAGGCUUAAAAUUAGUGCACAGAACGAGUCCUCUGCAGCCGAGAUAUCUUCAAUAUCAGGCGAGGAUGAUGAUGAAGAGUCAGAUUUCGAGGAAGUGGUUUCUGAGUUGCCAUUGUUCCUUCUUCUGUCGGGAGGAAAUCCAGCGGGAACUAACAUGAAUGCCGCCCCAUACUCCGCACAUAAACUCCCAAAAGAUGUAGUAGAUGCAUCGAGGAGUGGACCUGGAGGUAUGAGUGAGUUUCUCACUCAGUGGCGGGACAUUCUCGAGGGACGAAUACAGCUGGAUACUGGGGACAGUGAUGAUGAACACUAA